AUGUCUUCGAAUAACGAUUUCGAGAGAAAUCUUUACAAAUUGAUGAAUAAUGCGGUAUUCGGAAAAACAAUGGAGAACGUACGCGAUUAUAAAGACGUUCGACUUAUAACACACUGGGAUGGAAGAUACGGUUUAGAAGCAAUGAUAGCGAAACCGAAUUUUUGCAGUAGAAGUAUCUUUUCCGAAAAUCUGGUAGCCGUUGAGUUGCGUAAACUCGAAGUAACGUUGAACAAACCGAUAUACGUUGUAUGUACUCGUAAUGAAAUUCAUCAUGUAAUGCCGUUGUAUGACGAUAGAUGCACGAUCCUAUACACGGACACGGACAGUUUGAUAUAUUUUUUGAAGUGCGACAAUGUAUAUGAGGAUAUCAAGUGUAAUAUCACGAAAUUUGACACGAGCGAUUAUUCCGAGGAUAAUGUAUACGAUAUUCCAUGCCUUAAUAAUAAAAUACCUGGUUUAAUGAGAGAUGAAAAUAACGGUAGGGUAAUGACUGAAUUCAUUGGUCUCAGAGCGAAGAUGUACGCAUUGAGAGUUGUCGGUAGUAAUGACGUAAAAAAAAUAAAGGAUGUCAAGGAAAGUGUUGUCGCGAAAACGAUAGCGUUUGACUAUUAUGUGAAAUGUUUGCAUGACGCGUACGAACAGUCGAGGCGUCAAUCGCGCAUUCAAUCGUCGUUGCAUGAGAUGUAUACGGUUCUCGAAACAAAACUUGCUCUCAGUCCAUACGAUAAUAAACGAUACGUCUUACCUGAUUCAAUUGCUACUCUACCUUGGGGACAUUAUAAAAUACCACAAAUCUUGGAUACACAAUAA